UGCGCGCGCACCCUGCAGCAGCCGGUCACAGAUUCAAAUCAAAUGUUUGGAGCAGGUGGUGAAGUGAACUGUCCUCGUUGUUUGGAAACAUUUCGGAUUCAGGGCAAGUGAUGUUAAUCAAGAACAAAUCAUGUGCAAAGAGUGGCUUGUGUCUGCGCUGCAAAGCAACACACCUAGCUUGUUCAAGCACGUGGAAAAAAAAAACCCAAACUGCAGUGGGAUGAAAGCGUGAAGGCCAAGAGGAAUAAGUCACCGGUGUUGCCUCACUGAAUCACUGUCCUUGUCCAAUGUCAACUCAUCCAUAACAGUGACAUUUAUCCAUCUAUCUCCCGAAGACAGACUGAAGUAAUCCAUGGAAUCGCAUUUCAUUUGACCACAGUGGUCUCCAGUGAAGCCAGUUUCACACACACACUGACCGCUGACAGGGUCACAGCCCAGAGAGCUGUCCUGGCACUGACACUUGUUGACACACCCUUGGCCCCAGUAACCGGAUUCACAUGCUGUAAAGGUGCAGCUGCAGGCUCUGGUUACACCCUCUCCACCCUCUCAAUGUCCCGCUGCAGGAUGGAGCAGACAGCUGUGAGAAUCUGAUAAUAUUCCUUGGGCACAUUCUUCCAUCAUUCAGUUCAGUCUUAGAAGGGUAAGCAGCUUCCACACUGAGGCACCAGGAGCAAAAAUUCAGCACCAUGUCCAUCCGGAGGCUUAGGAGCAACCCUAAAACACUGGGGAACGUCAAUAUGGUGACAGAGGAGCUGAAGAAUCUUUACUAUAAGAGGCUGCUGCCGAUAGAGAAAUAUUACUCUUUCCAUCACUUCCACUCUCCAAGCUAUGAGGAUGCAGACUUUGACAACAAACCAAUGGUGCUGGUGAUGGGACAGUACUCAACUGGAAAGACAACUUUUAUCAGGUAUCUCAUAGAACAAGAUUUUCCUGGCAGCAGAGUUGGACCAGAGCCAACCACUGACUGCUUCAGUGCUCUCAUGUAUGGUGAGCCGGAAGGAAUCAUCCCUGGGAAUGCCCUCACAGUCGACCCUAAAAAGCCUUUUCGCAACCUUGACCCCUUUGGAAAUUCUUUUCUGAACAGGUUUCAGUGUGUUCAGAUGCCAAAUCCUGUCCUUAAAAGCAUCAGCAUUAUUGACACACCGGGCAUCUUAACUGCUGCAAAAAGAAAACUGAGUCGAGGCUAUGACUUCCCAGCAGUGCUGCGCUGGUUCGCUGAGCGUGUGGAUCGAAUCAUCCUGCUGUUUGAUGCACAUAAACUGGAGUUCUCUGAUGAGCUCACUCGGGCCUUUGGGGCCCUGAGCAGCUACGAGGAUAAGCUGCGUGUGGUUCUCAACAAGGUCGACAGGGUGGACUCGCAGCAGCUCAUGAGGGUGUACGGUGCCCUCAUGUGGUCGCUGGGGAAAGUGUUCCGAACCCCCGAGAUCCUGCGGGUUUACAUCGGGUCUUUCUGGUCAGAGCCGAGACAGAUGUGUGACCACUAUCAGCUGAUAGAGCUGGAGGAGGAGGAUCUUUUGGCCGACAUAAGGAAUCUCCCACGCAAUGCUGCAGUACGUAAGCUGAAUGACCUGGUGAAGAGGGCACGCUUAGUAAGGGCUCACGCACACAUUAUCAGCUAUCUUAAGCAGGAGAUGCCGACCAUUUUUUGCAAAGAAAGCAAGAAGCACAAUCUGAUUUACCAGCUUCCUGUAAUUUUCACCAAGAUCCAGCAACAGCAUCGAGUCCCAGCUGGAGAUUUCCCUGAUUGCACCAAGAUGCAGGAGAAACUUCUGAGCCAAGAUUUCUCAAAGUUCAAGACACUGAAACCAAGUCUAAUGGCUUCCUUGGAUAAACUCCUGACCACCGACAUAGCAAACCUGGUGCCUUUACUUCAAAAACAAGAACUGAGGAAGAAAUCCCUCCCUGGUGUGUUGGAUGGUGAUUUUCUUGGAACAUUCAGGCCUGAGCAUUACAAGAGAGAUCCUUUCAAGGAACUCCCCAGAGAUGAUGAGAGCAGCGAGGCAGAUUUUGUCGAGUGGGUGGUGGAGAAAUACAAGCCAAAAUACGAUGAGAUUUUCUACAACCUCAGUCCAAGUGAGGGAAAACUGAGCGGCACCAAAGUCAAAGAGUGGAUGACGACCACGCUUCUGCCUAACUCCGUGCUCGCUCAUAUCUGGAGGUUGUCUGAUGUGGACGGAGAUGGCAUGUUGGACAAUGAGGAGUUUGCUUUAGCAGUCCACCUUAUUGAGGGAAAACUGGAGGGCCACUGGCUCCCGCGAGAGCUGCCUUCUCACCUGGUGCCACCGUCAAAACGGCUAAGUACAGCCAGCGAGGAUGAGUAAACAUGGCAUCAAAAGGAAAUGGAGGGCUGUGGAUGUGUCUUCAUUAUAUGUAAAAUGUGUAUAUAAUUUUCUAAUCUUCUUAUAGCAGUUUGAUAUAAAAAAAAAACCCUAAGUGGACAAUGCUUGUUCAUGAAGCUGAGAAGGUGUUUUCCACUUGUAAAUUAACAAUCAUGACACCAAACCACAAUUACGAUUGAUGGUUUUGAUCUCUACAAACUUUUCUCAUCAUAUUUUCAUCUCCAAUUUCACUUCUGUAUUCUGUAUGAUAAAAGUAUGGAAGUAAUUCUAAUCUUCAGUUUAAAACCUUUAGGUUAUAUAUUGGUUUUUACACUCACAUAAUCAUAAUGUAUUUCUUAUUAAUGGCAUUAAACUUUUAACAGUA